UGAAUAUUAAGGCGGAACGGGGUUGUCGGGGGUGGUCAUCGGUGAGUGGUCGGCUAUUAAGGAUCGGAUAUCCCAUUGUUCACGUGAUAAAUCCAGGACGAGCCGCGGCGGCCGGCGUCAGAGGUGGGGUCGUAGCGGCCUAGAGUGGGGAGACCUCUGCGGACCCGGGCUCGCCGGCACUCUCGGAAUCCGAGACAGUUCUCGUUUGGCCGGCGUCAUGUUCGCACGGGACGAUCUUUCGGUGAAAAUGCCGGCGAACUUCGAGUGGGACAACGAUCUCCAGGCGACGGAGUGGGACUGGCGGGACGCGACCGGAUUCAACGACAUCGAGUUCACCCUGGCCCCGUCCGAGGACUUCUGGAAGAGGUUCGAAGAGCUGCCGGACUUCGGCGCCGACCUCGACUCCCUCCUCGAGAACGAAGUCGGCAACGUGAAUGUCCUCCGUAACCACGACUGCAUGUGGGCCGGCACCUGCCACAACAAACAGCACAAGACCGCCCAGAGGAUGUCGCAACCGACGCCGGCCCCUCAACACCAGGAACCCAAGAAAGAACCCAAAAAACGUGGAGUCAUCGUACAGAGAACAGUCGGAAGGAGCCUCCUGAUCAACAGAAACAGACAGACGCCUCCCAGGCCCGAGACGCCGCCGUCCCUAGACGAAGAGGAAGAAGAAGAGAAGGCCGUCUCCAUCGCAGAGCUGACCGGCGUCGUACACAAAAUCCCGGCCUCCACAGCCACCACCACCAUCCACACCAACGUCAAAUUCGAACACAACUACGACAAACAAGUCCGGACCGACGACCUCGGCGUACAGACACCAUCAGACUCCGGUGUUCUUAUUGCAGAAGAGGAGGACGAAGAAGAAGAAGAGGAAGUUGAGGAAGAAGAGGAAGAAUGCGAGGAGGAAGAGGAAGAAGAAAGCUCGGAUGAAAAACAAGAAGAAAGCGAAGAAGAGAUUGACGUCGUGAGUCUGACGAGAGAAUCCCUGCCGACUAACCCGAGCCGGCAGGCGAGAUUCCAGCUCCAGCAGAAAAUGGCGACAGCGAUCACCACCAACUCCCUCCUGUCGGCUUCCAGGGCCGUCUCGAAAAGGCUGAACGUCAAAGAGCCGAAGAGGAAAAGGAGAAACAGCGAUUCCGACGACACAGAGACAGAAGAGACAAUUGUCAGGAAGAAGUGGAGGACGCCCAAAAAGUCAAGAUUUCCGGCCGAUUCUGAGCCAGAUUCAUUGGAGAAGCGCUCACAGCAUAAUAACAUGGAAAGGAUGAGGAGGAUAGAGCUGAGGAACGCCUUCGAGGAGCUUCGCGGUCUCGUGCCCACCCUGUCCGGUAACAACAGGGCGCCCAAAGUGACCAUCCUGAAGGACGCCACCUCCUAUCUCUACGACCUAAAACUCAAAGAUAAAACCCUCCAGAUGCAAGUGGCCGAGCUGAGAGCCGACCAGGACAGGCUUAGGACGACUCUGUCCAGGCUCCGGCGGUCCUUAGCCUUCACGAGACGUUAAAGCUGUAUUUUAACCAAGUUAAAUAUGCUAAAUACCAAAGCUUUUUUUUGUACAGUCUUGCUCUAAAAAGUUUAAAAUAAUUAAUAAAAAGUUGCCAUAUUUGUUACCAAUGUAGAUAAAUCUUUGUAAAUAAUUAAUUGAUUAAUGAAGAAUGUACAGCCCCUUCCUUUUUCAAGCCCCUCCCCCAAUUUUUUUCUGUGCCUUCUUAAUUGGUGCUAUUUUCGUAUUUUUUUAAAAAAAGUAAUAAAUAACGGUAUAGAAU